GAGAGAGUUGUGGGGUACAUUUAACAUUUACUGAAACUUGUCUGAAAGAAAGCCGCCUCGCAUUUGUUCCGCUUUUAUUAGUCAUAUUCUUCCUGGAAAAAUUCGUAUAUUCGAUUUUCGCCAUCGCCAUAACCAUCUUCGCCUUCGCUAUUUCUUCUCCAAAACACCGAUUCAUCUGCAUCGAGAAAGGACGAGCGAUUUCUGCAGAGAACAGGCUCUGUUAAAUCUGAAAUCUCCCAUUUCUCAUCCAUCGGAGUGCGUAUAAUGACGGCCUCAUCCGGUGAAAACUCAGCCGAGAGAUGCUCUCUUUCUGGACUUGCCCCUCUUGAAGCAGUACUUUUCGAUAUUGAUGGAACCCUAUGUGAUUCUGAUCCUCUUCACUACUAUGCCUUUCGCGAAUUGCUUCAAGAGUUGGGAUACAACAAUGGGGUUCCAAUUACAGAGGAAUUCUUUGUUGAGAAUAUUGCGGGCAAGCACAAUGACGAUAUUGCAAAGGCCCUCUUCCCUGACUGGGAGCUUGAGAGAGGUCUAAAAUUUGUGGAUGAUAAGGAGGCCAUGUUUAGGAGAAUAGCAGCAGACAAAUUGAAGCCGAUAGAUGGCCUAAACAAAUUGAAGAAAUGGAUCGAAGACCGUGGGCUGAAAAGGGCUGCUGUUACUAAUGCUCCAAGAGACAAUGCUGAACUCAUGAUCUCAAUUCUUGGCCUUUCUGAUUUCUUCGAAGCUGUCAUUCUUGGCGACGAUUGCCCUCAUGCCAAACCACACCCAGACCCCUAUUUGAAGGCUCUGGAAGUGCUAAAGACAUCAAAGGAUCACACUUUCAUAUUUGAGGACUCUGUUUCAGGAAUAACAGCCGGGGUUGCAGCCAGAGUGCCUGUUGUUGGUUUAACAACAAGAAACCCUGAAGAGUUACUGAUGAAAGCAAAGCCUACGCUUCUUAUAAAGAAUUAUGAUGAUCCAAAGUUGUGGGCGGCUCUAGAAGAGCUGGAUAAAAAGAGAGGUACAGAUGCACUUAGGGCUUGAAAUGGCUGUUGUUCCAGAAAAAUGAGUAGAAAAGUCCAUGGAAAACUUGGGUUGGUCAUCUAUGUUGCAUAGGUGCCUCCACACUCCCAUGUUAGCUGUUUAGCUUUAAAAAUUCAUCUAAUUAUUAAAUGAUGAAUCUAGAUAUUGAGAUUUAAUAAAUGUGUUUUUGGAGUGGAAAUGUAUUGGAGAAUUUAGAACCUCGAAUUCGAAUGUUUUGUAAUAAUGGAACACCGACGGUUUACAUUUAAA